AUGUUCAACUGCUGGACCUCCCUCUUGUCCAAGUACCAAAGUCUUAACCACAUCUGGUUAUCGGUCCACUGGAAGCAGAAGCUCACCAAGACCCAUGUCGUUCAAUGUGAUCUGCAAACGGCAAUAGAAGAUAUUGUAACUUCGCCACAGAUGUUUGGUUUGCGCAUUUCUGGAUCUUUGCUCCUUGGCAUGGCCCAGAUCUUCUCCAGAAAAGUCAAAUAUCUCCUGACAGACUGCAAUCAAGCCUUGGCUAUACUCAAGGUGUCAUUUCGGACAGACAAUACAUACCAGAACGAGAUCUUCCAGAGUGCGGGUCAACCUCAGGACUUUUUUGGCGAUGAGGGCACCGGAUUGGCAAGCACUUUGGAUUUAUUGACGGACAUUGAUGUUCAACAUUUGGACUUAGGUCUCAUGGAAAAUCCUGACGAAACGUGCGGUCAAGACGCCUCCCUCGACCAACAGCCUGAUGUUAACAGAAGAGAGAUUGAAAAGGAAAAGUCCCUGAGUCCACAGCAGCAGCCAAGCUUCGUCCUACCGCCAAUGCCUGACACGGUUAGAGCAAAUAAGAGAGGAAAGCGCAAAUGCAAGUUGAUCGUGGACCAAAUCACAACGCUGUCGGACGAAGCCAUGCGGCUGCAGCUCCGGGACGACUCCGAUCUGGUCAUCGGCUCGCCGCCGAUUCGACGCUUGGCUUACUGGAAAGAAAACACAUCUGCGUUUAAAUUGCUGACGCGGCCCUGCUCUGAUUUUCUACCCAUGGAGAUACUGGAGGCUUUUCCGAAGGAUGUUAGCCCGCAGACGAUUGACGAGAUUUGGUGUGGUCAUUCCCGAGGCGGCAGCAGUGUGGGCUCCGAAAGCCUCACGGAUCUGUCUCCGGAACUCCUGCGCGCAGACAUUCCCGACACCAGCGACAAGUGGAGCGACUCGGAGAUCCUGCAAGUGAUGGAUCAUACGUUGGACCUUAGCAAUAGUCCAGAGCUUCCACCGGUGGAUUUGGUGUCUAUCUGUCCGUCUCUCGAGGAGCAACGCAGUCAGUCGUUCCCGGGUAGCCAAAAUUCUGCGGAGCAGCCGUCAAUCAAAAAUCAAGCGUAUGAGCUCCUGAAAUGCCUUCAAAAGCUUCAGGGGGACUCGCCGUUCUCUCUGGCCGCGCUGUGCUCCGGAAGCAGCCGCUGGCAGGUGGCACGAACCUUCCAGUCCCUCCUGAUCCUGCACAACCGAGGGGCCGUCACCCUGAGCCAGAGCGCCCCCUACCAGGACAUCUUUGCCGCACCCGGUCCCACCUUCUUCACUUGGCAGUAG